AUGGCGACUCGCAGUCUGAGGAAUCGCAUGUCGAGCCGCGUUUCGUCUCCAGCGGUCACGGUCGACAACGAUGGUCGCGACCGGCCGACCGAGACGGAAGCGGGCUCGAAGGAAGAAGUGGAUGAGUCCGAAUGGCGCGAGCCGCCUGUCCGCUCCCUUCCUCCCAGCUACAAGGACCACAAAGGACUCGAGCGUCUCGGAGUCCUGGAACUACAGCAACCGCUCGGCGUCCCUCCGUCGCAGAAGCUGCUGCAACGGCUCAAGCUGACCUUCAACCGACCAUCGAAUCGGGGCACGCCGCUACCAGACGAUGAGGUGGGUUCGCACGGAAUGGACAGCGAGGUUGCAGACACAGCCUCCCCAAUGGAUACCGAACCCCUGGCGAGAGAAACAGACCCAAUACCCGUCUCGAGUCCUCCAAGAGGACGGCCAUCGAAUAGAGAUGUGGCAGAAAUGAGAUCAGAUCACCCCAUGGACACGACGCCCUCGCCGUCCAAAUCGACCUUUUCCACGACCCCGGCGCCGUCGGCCAGCGCUUUCAAGCCUACUUCGAUACAAGAACACCUCCGCCAGGAACGUGUACAGAGCUACGUCAACAGAGCUGUCGCAGAGGCUCAAGAGCGAGGAGACUGGGGAUUGGUGCCUGGGCUCGAGAAAAUACGACGAAACGCCAACGAUAAGCGCGAGCUAUGGGUAGUGCUUGAAGCCAUCGCUCACCAAAGUCCUACCCCGGAGCAAUUGCACAUCUUCAAGAAAUUCAUCAAGCGAGGAAUCAAAAAGCACCGACGCAAUUCGGCUCACUCCUCCAGUGCGAUUUCUCAGAGUGUUAUGGGUGACAGCACCAGUUUCGGGCCAGGGGCAUAUCUGCCCUCUUCACUACCCGGUGAUGAACCAUCCACUUUUACGUCCCCUUUCAGGAUGCGGCCUUCUCUGUCCUCGCAGAUGCAUCCGUCGUCCAAAUCAAAUCCUACCUCUCCUUCAUCGCGACGAGCUAAAAUGGAUGCUACGGUCAGUCGCAGCCCUGGUCCCAAAGGCCGUGGCAAAAGUCCUCGGCAACGGCCUUCACGCAGCAAUUCGACUACCUCAUCGCUUUCAUCGGCCAAAUCCAUUCCCGAAGAAUUGGCACCGCCAGGACUGGUUGAGGAGGAGGCUGGCGGUGAUGAGCGAGGCGUCAGAUCUGGAAGGCGCCAAGCGGGCGAGCGGCCCUCUGCAGCCACUGGCUCCAGAUCCGCCCGUCUCGCCAACAAUAUUUCUUCCAUCAACAACACCGACCCAAAUUCGAUUUUCAACUCAUCCGCCAACAAAAUCAUCUCGGACAAGCUCAACAAGUCGCAGCAAGCUCGGGAAGAAGCUGAACAGGAGCAGGCUGAUGUCGACAAGAGGCGCAAGCGACUUUUAAGGGAGAGCGAGGUUGACUACAACUACAUUCCUCGCCCUGUCGUCAACGAGCGCCAUCAACUACCGUCUUAUCUCGACGACGAGUAUCCAGCCAACACCCUUGAGGACGGUGACUACCCUCGCCCGCCAGUUGUUCAUCCGGAGCCCGCCAAACCGCACAAGGUGCCGACGCUGCGAAUUGGUACCAGAGCUGGCGACAAGGUCUUGAUGAACGGCACUGCGCGAAAGCGAGCCUAUGAUGAAUUUUUUGAAGAUGACGAUGAUUCUUCCGAGGCUCUCACUCCGCUCUCCUCGUCGCCCGCUCCACCAUUUGCACCACCUCCGCCUCCCGGAGCUGAUCAGUCCAGGGCGGCGACGCCUCGAGCCUCUACCCGCAGCCAGGGUCCGGUGGCGAAAGUCGCACGCAAAUCAGCACGUGUGAUGGUAUCACCCAACAAACCGAAGAACGGAGGCAUCACGGCGGGAUUCACGCGUGCGGGGCCUCGGCGAGCUGCUGCGCUCGGCAAUGGGGCGGACUCGUCGCAAGAGGACAACGACGAGUUCUGUGCGUCAUGUGGCGGCGAGGGCAAACUACUAUGCUGCGAUGGUUGUACUAACAGUUUUCAUCAUGCAUGUCUCGAGCCGCCACUUGAUCCAGAGGAAGAGGUUAUCGGCGAGUGGUUCUGCCCACAAUGUCAAGCAAAACGUACCAAGGACGAAGGAGAUUCCAAAGCCAUGUUUGGCAAAGCCCUGCGUUCACUGGACCACGUCAUUCCCAGGGCUUUCAUAUUACCCGAUGGCAUUCGGGACUACUUCGAAGGCGUGCGCACUGGCGAAGAGGGCGAAUAUGCAGAGUUUGGUCAGCCUCGCAUCAACAAUCCACCCAAGAUGAACCGUGCUGGAUUCAUCGAAGAGCCAAACUACAAAGAGCCUCGCGAUGCCAAAGGCAAGCUCAACAUUUGCAAAGGAUGUGGGCUCGGAACCAAUGGGAAGGACCUGGUACCCUGUGACUAUUGCGAUGCCAAAUGGCAUCUUGACUGCGUCAAUCCUCCACUAGCGAUCCCACCUCGCCGACGAGCCGGUGACAAACCCAAUGCUAGCUGGCGGUGUCCUUUGCAUAUCGAGCAAGACCUCGUUGGUCUUGGAAGGCAAGCAGAGGCUGCUCCUGGCGAUCUUGGUGGACAGCCUCGCCUGCGCAGGCCCAAGAACGCAAAGCCCUUGGAUGUUGACUUUCCUCGUGGCUUUCGCAACAACGGUGUUAUCGAAGUCGAGCUCGCCCCAGAUGGCCCUGCCAUCAGAGAAAUUGAUAUGGAGGGUAGCAUUUAUCGACUACCCGAACAGGCUAUCCGGCUCGAUUUCAUCGACCGCGUCAAGAAGAGUUGGUAUGAGGAUAAGACUUACCCUGACACCGCUAACGGUCGCCGUCCUCCGCGCUUCACUACCCGCGACUACCGGCCUACGGGUGGAACCGUCCUUCAUGCACCUAUGCAGACGACCAUCACAAUCAAGGAGCCAGAGUUUUACAAGGGAUCCCAAGCACUGUCCAUUGUCGAGACGGCAAAAGCCAAUGCCGCUUUGCGCCGCAAGACGUUGCCGGAACAGCAGGCCAUAUUAAACCUCAGCAUGAUGGCUCGCGCAGAAGAGGAUCAUGUUUAUGGCGAUGCUCUUGCCGACCUAACGAACGCCCUCAUAGCCGAGGUGCCCGAGCGCGCCGAGCAAAUGUUUAUUCGCGACGAGCGCUCUCAACUACAGCGUUUGCAAAAUCUGGUUGAGCGCCGCCUCCGUAUCCUGGAUGGUCGCGACGAUGCUGUACCACAUUCUGUUUCAGAGGCCCGGCAGAAGGACGCCAGCCGCUACAGCAAGACUGUCCGCCGUGACAGCGCUCCCAUGCCUGGCAUGUUGCCGAACGGCUCAACUACCAAAGGUCUUCGAGAACUCCAACCUGCACCUCAAGGUUCUUUCACACCACUCUCUUUCAGCCCUUCCGACCUAGGGGCCCCCAUGCUCAAUGGUCAAGGCCAAUAUGCGCCUCCUCUCUCGCAGUCUCCUUACGCCGGACCAGCCCCACCAAAUCCUGGGCAGCCUUCCUACCCUUUCCCUGUCGCCACCCGGAGUGGCACCUUCGCAGUCGAAAACUGGGCUUCCCCCGCCAGUGCUGCGCCAGCGCCUGUAGUCUUCAAUCAAUGGCAACCACCUCAGCCAGCAGUUGCAUCGCCCGUCAAAUCACCCAUUUCACAACCAAACCAGUUUGCUUUCGUACAGAAUCAAAUAGUGAACCCUCAAGUCGGCGUCCCGCCACCUCUACCAAGCCAUCAAAAUACCCAAAUGCCUGCAACGAACCCGCAGGAGGGCUCUGUACCGUCUGCCCACGGCCCAAGUCCUCCGCCUCCCAACGCUCAAUCUAUACAACGGCAAACCUCGAUUGCGUCUACAUCUGCCACUAGCAUUAUGAGCGGUGCCGGUGGCCGUAGAGGCUCCCAGACCAACGUCUGGGCUGCGAGCAGCAAUCCCCCAAGACCAGCCAGCUCCCACGCCAAUGCAGUUCCCACAACGAAUAAUGCGCCGGCAUCGCCUGGCGACGCCUCAGCAGGAGAGGUACAUGGGGCCUCACCUGUUUCGGGCGAGCAGCUGCAGACCCUAGAGUCAGCGACGCAGGAAAAGGAGCCACUCUGGCGCACGGACCAUGAGACUGAAAGUCAUAGCGAUGUUUGGGUCAAGCGCGAGCACGAGCGCGAGAAGAACGUACUAGAUCCGGCGUUGUUUUGCGAUGGCACUACUGAUGCUCCGCUUGAAGGAAUGCAUGACGAGGCCGAAACUGGCGACAAGCCUCAACAACAUACCGAGACGGCGGCCGUGCAUGGCGAUGACGAUGUAGAAAUGGACGAUCCUCCUGAGAAUAUCGCUUCAGAGGGAUGGCAGCACCGAGGCCAGAGUCGGAGUCGGAGUCGGACUCCCCAGCAAAGUCGAAGUCGAAGUCGAAGCCAUAGCCAACACCCUGAUUCCCAGCCAAUUGAUGGGGAAGCGGUAGAACUGUAA